AUGGUGCCCUGGAUUCGGGCCAUGUCGGAGAAGCUGAGGCAGCGGCUUCGGCUGGACGUGGGGCGCGAGAUCUGCCGCCAGUACCCGCUCUUCUGCUUCCUGCUGCUCUGCCUCAGCGCCGCCUCCCUGCUCCUCAACAGGUAUCUUCAUAUUUUAAUGAUCUUCUGGUCCUUUGUUGCUGGAGUUGUCACUUUCUACUGCUCAUUAGGACCUGAUUCUCUCUUACCGAAUAUGCUCUUCACAAUAAAAUACAAACCCAAGCAGUUAGGACUUCAAGAAUUAUUUCCUCAAGGUCGCAGCUGUGCUGUUUGUGGUAAAGUGAAAUGUAAACGACAUAGGCCUUCCUUGCUCCUUGAAAACUACCAGCCAUGGAUAGACAUGAAAAUUUCUUCCAAGGUUGAUGCAUCUCUCUCAGAGGUUCUUGAAUUAGUGUUGGAAAACUUUGUUUAUCCGUGGUACAGGGAUGUAACAGAUGAUGAGUCCUUUGUUGAUGAACUGAGGAUAACUCUACGUUUUUUUGCAUCUGUCUUAAUUCGAAGGAUUCACAAGGUGGAUAUACCGUCUAUUAUAACCAAGAAACUAUUAAAAGCAGCAAUGAAGCAUAUAGAAGUGAUAGUUAAAGCCAGUCAGAAAGUGGAAAAUACAGAAUUUUUACAGCAAGCGGCAUUAGAAGAAUAUGGUCCAGAGCUUCAUGUGGCCUUGAGGAGUCGAAGGGAUGAAUUACACUAUUUAAGGAAACUUACUGAACUACUUUUCCCUUAUGUUUUGCCUCCUAAAGCAACAGAUUGCAGAUCCUUGACCUUACUUUUAAGAGAGAUCCUCUCAGGUUCUGUGUUUCUUCCUUCUUUGGAUUUCCUAGCUGAUCCAGAUACUGUGAAUCAUUUGCUUAUCAUCUUCAUAGUUGACAGUCCACCUGAAAAAGCAACUGAACCACCUUCCCCUUUGGUUCCAUUCUUACAAAAAUUUGCAGAACCUAGAAAUAAAAAGCCAUCUGUGCUGAAAUUAGAAUUGAAGCAAAUCAGAGAGCAGCAAGAUCUCUUAUUUCGUUUCAUGAACUUUUUGAAACAAGAAGGAGCAGUACACGUUUUGCAAAUUUGUCUGACUGUGGAGGAAUUCAAUGAUAGAAUUUUGCGACCAGAGUUAUCAAAUGAUGAAAUGCUGUCUCUUCAUCAGGAGUUGCAGAAAAUUUAUAAAACAUAUUGUUUGGAUGAAAGUAUUGACAAAAUUCGAUUUGAUCCCUUCAUUGUAGAAGAGAUUCAAAAAAUUGCUGAAGGCCCCUAUAUAGAUGUUGUGAAACUUCAAACUAUGAGAUGUCUUUUUGAAGCAUAUGAACAUGUACUUUCUCUGUUGGAGAAUGUGUUUACUCCUAUGUUCUGCCACAGUGAUGAGUAUUUCAGACAACUUUUAAGAGGUGCAGAAUCACCAACACGCAAUUCAAAAUUCAACAGAGGUAGCCUAAGUUUGGAUGAUUUUCGGAGCACACAAAAAAGAGGAGAAUCAUUUGGAAUCAGCAGAAUAGGUAGCAAAAUUAAAGGAGUAUUCAAGAGCACCACCAUGGAGGGAGCUAUGUUACCUAAUUAUGGUUUAGCUGAAGGUGAAGAUGAUUUCAUUGAAGAAGGUAUUGUUGUAAUGGAAGAUGAUUCUCCAGUGGAAGCUGUGAGCACACCUAAUACUCCCCGAAAUCUUGCUGCAUGGAAAAUUAGCAUUCCAUAUGUAGACUUUUUUGAAGAUCCCUCCUCUGAAAGGAAGGACAAAAAGGAAAGGAUACCUGUGUUUUGUAUUGAUGUUGAAAGGAAUGAUAGAAGAGCAGUUGGGCAUGAGCCUGAACAUUGGUCUGUCUAUAGAAGAUAUCUUGAAUUCUAUGUACUUGAAUCAAAACUAACAGAAUUUCAUGGCACAUUUCCUGAUGCCCAGCUUCCUUCCAAGAGAAUCAUUGGUCCUAAAAAUUAUGAGUUCUUAAAGUCAAAGAGAGAAGAAUUUCAAGAAUAUUUACAGAAACUUCUGCAGCAUCCAGAGCUGAGCAAUAGUCAACUUUUGGCAGAUUUCCUCUCCCCCAAUGGUGGAGAAACACAAUUUCUUGAUAAGAUACUACCAGAUGUAAAUCUUGGGAAAAUUAUAAAGUCUGUUCCUGGAAAACUAAUGAAAGAGAAAGGUCAGCAUUUGGAACCUUUCAUCAUGAAUUUCAUUAAUUCCUGUGAAUCUCCAAAGCCUAAGCCAUGUAAACCAGAACUGACCAUUCUCAGUCCUACUUCAGAAAACAACAAGAAGCUUUUCAAUGACCUGUUUAAGAAUAAUGCAAAUCGUUCUGAGAACACAGAAAGAAAACAAAAUAAGAAUUACUUUAUGGAGAUGAUGACUGUAGAAGGAGUUUAUGAUUACCUCAUGUACGUAGGACGAGUAGUUUUCCAAGUUCCUGACUGGCUUCAUCAUCUCUUAAUGGGCACUCGAAUCCUCUUUAAAAACACCCUGGAAAUGUAUACUGACUACUGUAUUCACUGUAAGCUAGAACAGCUAUUUCAGGAGCAUCGUUUGGUCUCACUUAUAACACUUCUCAGAGAUGCUGUAUUCCGUGAAAACACUGAACCUCGCUCUCUCCAAGACAAGCAAAAACGAGCAAAACAGACUUUUGAUGAAAUGAUGAAUUACAUUCCAGAUGUGAUUGUCAAGUGUAUUGGUGAAGAAGCCAAGUAUGAAAGCAUCAGGCUUCUAUUUGAUGGCUUACAGCAGCCAGUUCUCAACAAGCAGCUGACUUACGUUUUAUUGGACAUUGUGAUACAAGAACUGUUUCCAGAGCUCAAUAAGGUACAAAAGGAAGUUACCUCUAUGACAUCCUGGAUGUAA